CACAUGCUUAUUUUCUCACCUGGAAGACGAACGGAAUACGUACAUCCUCGCAAAAAUGAAAACCUUGUUGCUUGUUUCGCUACUACACUUUGUGGCGUCCAAAUCAUUAAAUCCACUUUGUCAGAUGAUGUGCCUGGACGUCUACGACCCGGUAUGUGGUUCAGACGGAAAAACGUACAGUAACUCCUGUUACCUAGCAACCAGGAACUGCAAUUCUCGGCUAACUGUAACCAUGGCGCACAAAGGCGGCUGCGAUUCUGUGGCUAGCUCCGCUGAAAAGCGCUCCGUGGUGACGUGUUAUGAAUGUAACAGCGGAGUUCUCUUUCCUAACCCGAACUGUCCAGCCAAAGGGACAGUCAAUGAUGAGCACACAGAGCACAGAGAAUGUCAUUCCAAGUGCUUUGUCAGGGACAAUGAAUUCUACAACACAACGAUAUUUAGAGGGUGUAUUUCGGACUACCCUGACCUGAUCACCCCAAUACCCCAGGACGGUUACCAUGGUUACCACCACGGCAUUAUUUACAUAUGCACAGGAGAUCGCUGCAAUGGUGGCCCAUUCAAUCCUCCCCCUACACCCCCGGACAACAUUGGUAACUACUGACCGACCAGCAGGCGCCCACAUCUGAUCAGCCGGAAUCUACCGUACACGUUUUAAUCAUGUACAUGAAAUGGUUUUAGACGACGAAUAUAAAGGAAUAU